GGUAAUAUUUUAAUGUCAGAAAAUUACAAUGAGUUAUUUAUUAUUGAUUUAGGGUUAUGUAAGCCUAUAAAUGAUUUACAAGAUUCUGAUAAUGAUGAUAAUGAAAUUUAUGGAAUUUUGCCUUAUAUGGCACCAGAAAUAUUAAGAAGAAAUCCUUAUACAAAAGCAAGUGAUAUUUAUAGUUUUUCAAUAAUAAUGUGGGAGUUUACAUCAGGUAAUUUCCCAUUUAAGCAUGAAGCACAUGAUCAUGACCUUAUUUUGAGUAUUUGUAAAGAAGGAAAACGUCCUGAAAUUAUAAAAAAUACUCCAAAAUGCUAUAUAGAUUUAAUGAAAAAAUGUUGGGAUUCAGAUCCUUCUAAUAGACCAACCAUAAUAAUGCUUGAAAAUAUUAUAUCUGAAUGGAUUAAAUGUAUUAAUGAAUACUAUGAAGUAAAUGGAGAUGUAAAUGAUAAAUAUGAAGUAUCUAAUAUUGAUAAUCAAUUAAGAAGUGAGAUGCUUGAAUUUAUUGAAGCGGACAAAACUUUAGUACUAGAACAAGCAAAUACUUCUAUUAUGCAAUCUCAUCCACAAGCAUACUAUACAAGUCGCAAACUUACUGAAAUUA